GAGUGUUGUGACAGUGAUGCGAACGUGUGUACACAGCCUUACUUUGUGAGCCUACGUGUGGAGUAGCCGUAUUAAAAUGAACGGGUUGCGGCUAUGUGUGGUCGCGCUGGCAACACAGACGCUGCUGCUGUCGGUCGCGUGCCACAAGCCCCACCGACGACGCUCCUUAGCGGCUCAACCACAAAAUUUGCCAGUGUCUAAAGGCGGCUGGAGACCUGUAAUCGGAUCUGGAGGACUUCUUUACGGAUCUCUAAACACUGCGCCUCUCCAUUCACCAUAUAAAAUACCCGUGUCUGGACUAGAAAUGUACCAUUCUUCAGCAAGGCCGCUAGCAGCCAGAGAUAUCAACAAACUGACUUCAAUAGCACAGUCCUAUCGCCCAACAACACUUCGGACUGUCCCUAUAACUUCACAUUCGCUACCACCCAACCAACCGAUAAACUCAUACCUAAAUCCCUUCGCCCUACCAAGUAAUCUAAACCAAUACAAAUUCCUCCAGAACUACCCAAUCGAUAGCGUGAUCUUCCGAAAUCCUCAACACUCAUACUCCGCUCGCCCGGUCUUGAAAAACACGAAGCAAAAAUCCCAGUACCAUAACAACAUACUGCAGCAAUUGACGAACGUUCAGCCGAUCCAAUUCGGGCAGUAUAACAUCCCAGUAGAUAUGUACGGGAAGGUGGAAUACGCAAGACCGGAUGGGAAGCGGCCUCAGUCGGCAGAAACCGAGAUCUACAAGCCUGAAGUGUAUAAGUUACCAGAUAGUGACACAGCCUCCCAGUUCAUUUCACAACCGGUGAAGACGGCUCAACAGCAAACGUUCACGUCCAAAUUCCCGAUCAAUCAAUAUGGGCAUCCGUUCCAAGAUAAUGUUUACAAUAUCCAACAUUUUCCGAACAUUUUAGGUACGUUCGGAUCCUUUGGCCUACAAUCCGUAAAAGGAAGAGAUCAUCUGAAUCCAAACACAAAAACGACAUAUUUACCCCCGCAACCGACUAGACAGACCAUUUUCAACUCUUUUAACUAUUCGCCGAAUUUCAAAACGACAUCAUCUUUAUUUUCUUCAACUACCCCCAAGUUACAGACAACGCAAAAUCAUUUAAUCUACGGUUCCACGUUUAACGAUAUCGGGAACGUGCCCACACCACACACUAAAUUAGUGUCACCAUUGAAGAUCGAUCCAAACGCUGGAAGUAAACACUACUUCAAAGCUAGUCCCCAGGAUCCCUUUAUCAAGAGCUUCCACAACUUCCAUGACUUUAAUAAGAUUACUACUUAUAAUCCCCCUAUCUUACAAACUACUACGCAGAGUGCUUACAACGACUUUGGCUACCAGUCACAAAACUCGCCAAACUACGAUGACCCCGAAACUGUCAACAUUAACUACUCGUAUGAUAAGAAAAAACAAAAGGUAUCUGAUAACGUCGGUCUCACACAACAAGUUUCCCAACAAUACGCUAAUGCUCCUGGAAUGUUUGAUCUACAGAGCUCUUUGAAUGCUCUAUCUCAUCGACCCUCGUACGCAGUAAUAGAAAAUGUAUCAGAAGAAGUAUCGACGCAAUCGACCUCAGCAGCUUGGACUGUAACUCCACAAAACCACUAUCAGACAUCUGAAGAAACGAUUACAAAACCGGGCAAUACCAAUAACAUUUUCGAGAGACCUACAACAACAAAUCCUGAUUCAGCUGAUGAAUACGCCAUCGUCACGGAGGGUGAGAAGGGAUACGACAAUGGAUUUAAUUACGAGAGUCACAUCGAUACACAAAGCAGACGACCUCUUGGUGAUGAUUUCGAACCGAUCGGAAAAACUAAACUGAAGGAAUACUAUUACAAGGUGUCCACUCCAGCAUACCACGACCACAAACCCCACAGACGAACUAAGAGGCCGAAUGAUACAUCCAAACAAGACGUUACAACGCAAAGUGCAAAUAAAGAGAAUAACGAUGUUCCGAUUGAAACGUUACCUACUCUCCCACCCAGUCUACAUUUCAAACGUCCAAGUACUUCUGAACCCAUAGUAGAUAAGGAUAGAGUUCGAAAACGCAAUAAAAUCAGGAGACGUCGUCCUAUAAACCGUAACAAAAAUGAAACAAGCACGCGCAAUGAUCCAUCUACAGACGCCUCCACUACUACUUCAGAUGAAAUUCCCACUAUACGACCACGAAUAAGGCCUAUCAAGACGAGAACUGAAUCGAGUGUGACUACUCCAACUGUAACUACAGAUUUAACUACGAGCGCAUUACCAACCACUUCCGCAACCAAACCUACGGUAGUUAAGAAGAAGCUGCUCAGUCACCGACGUCUCCAAACAACUACUUCGGAUAAAAUUGAUACAACGACACAGUCGAUAAAAGAAGAUAUUAAAGAGUCGCCUAUAAUGAAAAUAUCUUCACGUCCACAUUCAUCGAAAACACCUAAUCUUAGUGACUUUAAAUUUAGCAGCGAAACUCCAGAUUAUAGCCAUAAACAGGAUGAAAAAGACACCCCAACAAGUGAUGUCUCCGUAAGCCUAAGCGAUAACCUUAAAGAAUUUUCAUUCCAUAGGGACGCAAGACCCGUAGGAAUAAAAGAGUCUACCACAGAAUCUGUUAAAGAAACUGAACCGACAACUAUCGCAUCACGCACAGAAUCAGAUUCAAGAACCACAGGAAAAAUUCAAAGGCCAAGGCUUAAAAACAAGUUGGAUAGACCGAAAUUCAGUGUCAAAGAUUACAGAAGUCGCCUCAAUUUAACUACAAGUACAACAGAAAAAGUGGUAGAAAAUACACCCAAAGCAAGACAUCCGCAAAGGAAAAAUCCAUACAGCGAGGUCAUUUUUAGCGAUGUCGAAACCACAACCGAGAGAAAGAAGUUUACACCGAAAGAACCCAGACACAAGUUGAAUAAGACUGAAAAUAACGAACAGGAAAUCCAUUCGAGGCACAAUGGACGGAAGAAUACAGACAGUGAAGUAACAACCCAAAAGAUUUCAGCACGUAUUCGUAACGGGCAGAGACGACCAAAACCAACUGAAGACGCUACAGAAACAACGAGUGCUAUAAACGUACACAAAAGACCUUUAAGAAAGAAAGUUUCGGACUCAGAAAUCGGACAAUCGGUACAGGACAUAACUGUUACGGAAGCCACAGCAAGCAAUGAUAACAAAUAUGAUAUAACAUCAGAACGAACGCGGUCCGAGAGCGCAAUAAUGAAAAUAGCAGACAAAAAGCAUCAAGAUCACAUAGAACGAUUAUUCGAACAUUCCAAAAGAGUAUCAGAUCUAACCUUAGCGGCCAGUAAAGAUUACAAUACCCCCGGAAUGUUUAAAUCCAUUUCUUCAAACAGCAGACGAAUACCAAGUUACUUCACAAUAGCUACAGAUGACCCGAUACUACCAAUAGAAGCGUUCUUUACACAGCUUAACCAAAAGAAGGAAUCGUAAUAUUCCUAAUUCCUAUUAAGUACUACAAAAAACCAAAUCUUUUCGACCGCUAAAGCGUCAGAAAACUAGUUUUACGCAAUAUUAGUUCUAGCAUUUACAAAUCGUGGUUGUAUACGACCCCACCUGCAUUUCUUUGUUAUCGACUGGUUUUUUAACUCAAACAAAAUAUUUUCGUUUUCUAUUGGUGCUCAUUUUAGUGUUAAGUUCUAAUAUAUCAUGAGUGAUAUAUUCGUAUAGUAUUAAAGUGCGCAAGCGCACGAAUGCAUGUCUGUGUUGAUUUAUAUGAGUUGUCUUUUAUGUGUGUGAGUUAGGGUAUAAGUGUGUGUUUCUUAAAAUAUUUAUAUUGAGCUGUUUAGUUUUUAAAUGUGUAAAUAAACGAAUUUCUU